AUGCCGACAAAGGCGGCCGUCCAGAUGGCGAACAACACGAGCGACAACAUGGAAGAUCUCCUCCGCGCUGGCUUCCCAGAACCCCUCGGGCUCCCGUCCCGCCGGAAAGGUGGGCUCGUCGAGCGGUCCGACCGGCUUGUCGCAGAGUAUCGGAAUAAAAGGUAUAUACUCGCGGUGCAGCAAGAUCCUGCACACGGCGCCGAGCAUGUGCAUGGACACAUCCUCUUCACGCUCCUCGACAGCAGCGCUUCGCAGGUGGACGCCCUCCUUGCGCCGUUUCUUGCCGCGCUGACCGACCUGCGUCUGCCCUUCACCAACACGACCAGCUCCCUGCCCAACUUCCAGGUCGAUGAGCGGCUGGCGGCCGCUGAGCAAGCCGAAGUCGAGAGGCGGCGGCGCGAGGCAGCCCUGGCCGAUGCGUAUGGCGACCGGGGAAGCUUGGAGGAGCUGGAAAGGGCGAUGCGGGACAAGAGCUGGAUCGCCGACACGACCGUCGACGACUCGGAGACAGGGCGGCCGGUGAUGCGUGUGAGGGGCCUCAACGCGAGGGCGUUCAAUAUCGACAACCUUCCUUUUGCCACUUUUCUACCACCGCAGGCCGCUGCUCCUCGUUUAAACCAGGGUCAUUGCCCGGCUCAACAGCCUUAA